UGGCUGCAAAUAAUAAGUGAGACGCCAGAGAGGAGUACUGAGUUUAGAACGUCAGUUAGCAAAGUCGGCAACACUAGCUAACCUCUCGGUAGCAUAACCUACGCAGUGUAGCUGCAGUACUGUUACCCCUUAUGCUAACUUUAACCUACCAGCACCAAUCGCACAAAAGAUCAGGACACUUUUCAUGCAACUUUGUAAAUCAGUUGCAGAAAACACAGUUAUGUGCAGCUGUGUGCGGAGCUCCAGGGCUCUGUCCCCUGGCUUGCUCCCCAGGUUGCUGCUUCCCCAGAAUGGGUUGAGGUUGGCAGGCAGGGGCUUCAGGACCUCCCCCCAGUGCAUGGCUGUCGGCGGAGACUCCCAGCUGGUUCCUCUGCCCAGCCAGGCCCGGGUUGUGAUCUGCGGAGGAGGAAUUGUCGGAACAUCAGUGGCCUAUCACCUGGCCAAACUGGGCUGGACUGAUAUCGUGCUACUUGAGCAGGGCAGGCUUGGCGCAGGAACAACCAGACUGUGUGCUGGCAUUGUAAGUGUGGCUAAGCCUAUUUCCAUUGAAUGUCAGAUGGCCAACUACUCCAAUAGUCUUUACCAGCAACUGGAGGGAGAGACGGGGCUUAAAACAGGAUAUGUGAAGACAGGUUCCUUGUGUCUGGCGCAAAAUCAAGAUCGUUUUAUCUCUCUUAAGCGGCUGGCAUCAAGACUGAAGGUAAUGGGAAUCAGCUGUAACAUAAUUAAACCAAAAGAGAUGGCCAAACUCCACCCCCUUGUUAAUAUUCAUGACUUGGUGGGGGCACUUCACCUCCCCUCUGACGCUGUGGUCUCCUCACCUGAUGUUAACCAUGCACUAGCUGUGGCCGCUGCAGGACAAGGUGUUCAGAUACUGGAGCGAACCAGUGUUCAGCAGGUUGUGGUGGAGAAGGGCCACGUGAUGGCGGUGGAAACUGACCGUGGCUCCAUCGAGUGUGACUAUUUUGUCAACUGUGCUGGCCAGUGGGCUUACGAGCUGGGUCAGGCUAGUGAGGUGAAGGUGUCGGUUCCUCUCCAUGGCUGUGAGCACUUCUAUCUCCUCACCAAACCUCUCCAGGAGCCAGUUUCACCCAACACACCAGUGGUGAUUGAUAUGGACGGGAGGUUAUAUGCAAGGCCAUGGCAGGGAGGCCUCUUGUCUGGAGGUUUUGAGAAGAACCCCAAACCCAUCUUCACUGAGGGCCGCAACCAGCUGGAGAUCCAGAACAUGCAGGAGGACUGGGAUCACUUUGAGCCGAUGCUCAGCGCCCUGCUGAGGAGAAUGCCAGGUCUCGAGUCUGCUGAGAUCCAUCAGCUGGUCAACUGUCCGGAGUCUUUCACACCGGACAUGCGCUGCCUGAUGGGGGAGACGCCGGGUGUGUCUGGCUACUAUGUGCUGGCAGGGAUGAACUCCUCGGGCCUGGCCUUCGCUGGAGGAGCUGGAAAGUACCUGGCUGAGUGGAUGACUUAUGGCUACCCCACAGCUAACGUCUGGCCGCUGGACAUCAAACGCUUUGGCAACCUGCAAAGCAGCCGAACCUUCCUGCGACACAGAGUGAUGGAAGUCAUGCCUUUGCUGUAUGAGCUGAAGGUCCCUCGGUGGGACUUUCAGACUGGGCGCCAGCUGAGGACCAGUCCUCUGUACGACCGUCUGGACACCCAAGGGGCUCGCUGGAUGGAGAAACAUGGCUUUGAAAGGCCAAAGUACUUUGUUCCUCCUGGGAAAGAUUUGCUGUCUCUGGACCAGAGUAAGACCUUCUACAAACCAGACUGGUUCGACAUUGUUGGAGCAGAGGUGAAAUGCUGCAAAGAGGCCGUCUGUGUCAUCGACAUGUCCUCCUUCACCAAGUUUGAAUUGACUUCCACAGGGGACCAGGCUUUGGAUCUGCUGCAGCAUCUGUGUGCCAAUGAUCUGGAUGUUCCAGUUGGACACAUUGUCCACACUGGCAUGCUGAAUGAGAGAGGGGGCUACGAGAAUGACUGCAGCGUGGUCCGUCUCAGCAAGAACAGCUUCUUCAUCAUCUCUCCGACAGACCAGCAGGUCCACUGUUGGUCCUGGAUAAAGAAGCACAUGCCCAAUGACCCACAUCUCCACCUAGAGGACGUCAGCUGGAAGUACACAGCUUUAAAUCUGAUCGGACCACGUGCAAUGGAUGUUCUGGCUGAGCUGUCGUAUGUUUCCAUGACGCCUGACCACUUCCCCUCCAUGUUCUGUAAGGAGAUGAGUGUGGGCUAUGCCAAUGGCAUCAGAGUGAUGAGUAUGACACACACUGGAGAACCAGGUUUCAUGCUCUACAUCCCUAUAGAGUAUGCGCUUCACGUGUACAAUGAAGUGAUGUCAGUGGGUCAGAAGUAUGGCAUUCGUAAUGCAGGGUACUACGCACUGAGGAGCCUUCGCAUUGAGAAAUUCUUUGCCUUCUGGGGUCAGGACCUGGACACCUUCACCACCCCGUUGGAGUGCGGACGAGAGUUCAGGGUCAAGUUUGACAAGGACACUAAUUUCCUUGGUCGAGAGGCGUUGCUGCAGCAACGUCAGGAUGGUGUGUUCCGGCGGUUUGUCAUGCUGGUUCUGGAGGAUCAUGACACCGAGAUGGACCUGUGGCCGUGGUGGGGCGAGCCCGUCUACCGUAACGGUGAACUGGCUGGAACAACCACCAGCAGCGCCUACAGCUACACCCUGGAGCGUCAUGUGUGCCUGGGCUUCGUGUCUCCUCCCCCAGGAGCUGAGGGGCUCCCGACACCCAUCACCCCUGAUUUCAUCAACCGCGGGGACUACGAGGUGGACAUUGCUGGUCAGCGCUAUCCAGCCAAAGCCAAACUGUACCCCUUCAGCUCCCUCUUCACCCAACAAAAACGCCGCAAGGAAGACAUGGAGCUCAGCAAUCUUCAGGGAAAGUGAGGCAGAGCUGUGGAAAAGCUCCUUCUGUGACACUCCUUCAGUUCACCACAUCUGCUCCUGCUCUAACCUCACAGUGCCACCGACUUCCUGCCUUUACAACUCCUAAUGAGCAGGCUGGAUGUGCCAACACUUCUUGUUCCUCUAAUAUUGAAUCUCCAUGUUGCAUCCUGUGCUUUUAAAGUGCAAUAUUUAAGAUGCACCAAAUGAGUCCCCUUCUUAUCAAAUUCUGCUGCAGUGUUUCCGCCCUCUCCGUUUCACACUUAAUCAGUCCAUACACUCUCAUGGCUGCUUUAUUAAGACAGACCAUGUUUAAGUGCCUUUAUCAAGGCAAGAUCAACACCAGAUGUUGCAGACAGUCUCCCUUUUCUUUCACUUUAACCCUUCUAGAUGGGAUUCAGACUGACAAUCUUCUGGUUUGUCAGGGCAGGCAAAGUUUCCACGCUGCAUUCUGACUGAAUGAAACAUCAGUGCCAGGGUGCAAAACCAGACGCGAUUUUAUCGGCUGUAUAUUUUCCGCUGUACAGAAAGAGUAACUUCAUUCAGAUAGUUUGUAGUUUCCACUCCCGAGAGCUUCACACUAUGUAAGUGAUGGAUGUAUUUCCAGAUGAGGGAAGAAUAUUUUGUAAGCAUUCAAAGCCGUGGUUAAUUAUCGGUAAACCAGAGUUUGUGUGUGCGUUUUUUUGUGUGUGUGCUGCUCAUUACUCCUUUUUUCGUUGUUUCAUAAGUCUUCAAAGUUUUCCUAAAAGCUUCACUGUAAAACAAAACGGCUCUUCCUCGACAAAGUCUUUAUUAUCGUCUUCAUCCGUGAGCUGCUGUGAUAGUGUUGCUGUGUGCAGACUUGGUGGUUAUGUAUUUCUAGCAAUAUAACCCAAUUUGUUAUUUAUGUUUUGUGGUCGUCUUGACGCAUUGAUGCACUUUUGACGCUUUGGUUCAGUUUCAUUGAUGUUUUGUUGAAUGUGUGGGCGAUAAAGCAUUGAUGAGGGAGUCUAGUAUAUCUUAUGAUUCAUUUCAGAUGUUUGUGUAAACGAAGGAUUUCACUGCAAUUUGAAAUAAACAAUGUAUUUUUGUAUA